AUGUACUUGAAAGAUACCGGUUCUCAUAACAUUACAUUAUUUUGGGGGGAGACGUUGGAUAAAAACCAGGAAUACACCGGCAAUAACUACAAUGGGGGUGGUGGAAAGCUUGCGCUGUCACCGCCCGCCCCCUUUUCCCUACAUAUGAAGCCUCAAGGAUUGUCUAUCGGCUGUGCCCAUUCUUGGCACAAUCACUGCUGCGGUGCGGGCGCUAGACAAUCAAGCUCGAGGAAGCUAUUCGAGCGGAUGCCUUUGAUUUCAUGGUAUGGAUGUAAAGGAAUCAGGAACUCUGUCUCAAGCUGGCCGUGUUCCUUCAAAUUCAGCAAUGGAUUGAAAAAGGUCGCUCCUUCCGCCCUGCAGCGCAUCGGCUUUGCCCCUUCUUAUCUGCAGUCACCAGCUCAGGAGAAGUGCACUAUGAGCCUUUCAGAAGAUUCGACAAGCAGUCUCUCCGAGGAAUCGGCAACAGCAAUUCGUCUAUACAUUAAACAGCUUGAAGAUGACCUCCACCAGCAGAUCACUACUGAGGUUAAACGUGUUCUAGAGUCAUAUGAGAUUUUUAGGAGCCAUUGCCAGCAGAGCCUUCUUGCGGGUCUUCCUCCCAAGUACCGGCCGGAAGAGAGACCAGAAGUUGUUGCCAGGAUCAAAGCACAAUUCCCGUGUCACAUCAACAACUUCUUCUACGACAACAUCGCUGGAAUGUCCUGCUCUGCCUUCCAAUACGCGGGGACGAAGCCGACUCCUUUCACGAUGCCACGGGACCUCAUUUCCAUGCGCCGGCCGCCUCAUUCGAAUCGCACUGUCAUUCGGCGGAAAACGGUUGAGGGUCCUCGAUUUGUGACCGUGAAUGCGGUAGAAAGAGCUUACUUGGACAGUUUUGUCUUCUCCUAUACGCUUGAUGGUUCAAAGGCACAUUGGAUUCUGCUUUGUCCAAAGCAGGAUUGCCAGAGUCGCAACUUCUCUCGAGAUCCGAUCGCUAGCGGAGAUGCGAUAGCACACUUCAAGCAGUGUGAGAUCUCGGCUGUCGAAGAAACUACCAUUAUCAGGAGACAUGGGAUGCAAGUUGUGCCGCACAGACUCAAAGCUCGAGACCAGCCUAUCAGCGCUCGGGCGAGUUCAGACUCCAUGGAAGACUUAGACACAGACUCUGACUGA